AUGAUCAAAUGUCUUGAUGAUGACUCAACCUAUGAAAUUGCUAAACGGUCAAGAAAAUGGCUUAAACUUAAAAAGGAUUAUUUGGAAGGUAUUGGCGAUACUUUAGAUUUGGUUGUUAUUGGUGGUUAUCAUGGAUCGGGUAAACGUGCUGGUGUUUAUGGGGGUUAUUUGUUGGCUUGUUAUAAUGAAGAAAGUGAACAAUAUGAAUCUAUUGCUAAGAUUGGGACUGGAUUUAAAGAUGAAGAUUUACAAAAUCAAUACAAACAAUUUAAGGAAUUUAUAAUUGACAAGCCUCGUCCUUAUUAUUCAUUUGACCCUUCAUUGGCACCUGACCACUGGUUUGAGCCAGCAGUAGUUUGGGAAGUUAAAGCUGCAGAUAUGUCUAUAUCUCCAAGACAUUUGGCUGCGAGAGGAAUGGUGGAUAGUGAAAAAGGCAUUUCUCUGCGUUUUCCUCGCUUUAUUCGGGAAAGAUCUGACAAAAAACCUGAAGAUGCUUCUUCAUCACAACAAGUAGCUGACAUGUAUAAAAAUCAAGAAUCAGUGAAAAAUAGACAGCCAAAAGCGGAAGAUGGAGAUGAAGAAGAAUGGGAUGAUGAAGUUUAA